UUACAUUACAUUGGGUACAAAUCAUUUUAUUCCACAAGAAAUUCUUUUAACUAUUAAAAAAAUUCUAUAUUCUCAUACAGCAAUUAUAAUUAAAGAAGAAGUUGAAAAACUUAUUAAUAAAUUUCAACUUGAAUCUAAAUUAUGCGCUAUUGUUACUGACAAUGGAAGUAAUUUAAGUAUUACUAAAGGAAUUCAAGAAAUAGAUCAAUUAGUAAUAAAAUGUAAAAAUUUAAUUAAAUUUCUAUCACAAGAUAAAAAACAACAACAACUUAGAGAAGCACAACUUUAUCUUAUUAAUCAACAAGGAGAUAGUAAUAAAUUAGAUAAUGAUGAAGAAUAUAUUGUUCUUAAUGUAGUUAAAGCAAAUAAUACUAGAUGGAAUUCAGUUUAUUAUGCAUUUGAACAUCUUAUUAUACUAAAAUCUGCUAUUGUUAUGCUUAAAGAAACUUUACUUCAAGAUAUAAGUACUAGAAUUAGACAAGAAGGAGGAUUAUUAGAAGAUCUAAUUCCAACUAUUUAUGAAUGGAAAAUUAUUAGAGAAGUAGUUCAAUUGUUAGAACCUUUUGAACAACUUACUAGAUUAUUUAGUG